ACACCCCAUCCUCCUCUUCCACACCUUAUAUAUGCUGAAGGGAUGCCGGAUCUUAGUAGAAGUUACACAAACCAAUUAGGCGGCCAUGGCCAUGGGAGCUUUGUGGAGGGCUUUGGUUCUGGCUGUGCUUCUUGUGGCGGCUACUGUCGAGAGAACAGACGCACAAUUAGUAGAGAAUUUCUACGCCUCCACUUGUCCCAACGUGGAGCAAAUCGUUACACAAGCUGUUCAAAACAAGUUUGAUCAAACCUUCGUCACCGUCCCUGCAACUUUGCGACUCUUCUUCCAUGAUUGCUUCGUUGAGGGUUGUGAUGCUUCGGUGUUGAUAGCAUCUCCCAAUGGGGAUGCAGAGAAAGAUGCUAAAGACAAUAUUUCAUUAGCAGGGGAUGGAUUUGACACGGUUAUUAAAGCUAAACAAGCGGUUGAAAGUGCUUGUCCUGGUGUUGUCUCUUGUGCUGACGUUUUGGCUCUUGCAACUAGAGAUGUCGUUAAUUUGGCAGGGGGCCCACUGUACAGCGUGGAACUAGGACGUCGAGAUGGGCUAAUUUCCCGAGCAUCCCGAGUGGCCGGAAACUUACCGGAGCCAUUCUUCGAUCUGGACCAACUGGUCAACAUGUUCGCCGCUCACAACCUGACCCUCAUCGACAUGAUCGCCCUCUCCGGAGCCCACACCUUGGGCUUCUCCCACUGCGACCGUUUCUCCAACCGUCUCUACUCCUUUUCCCCUUCGUCUCCGGUGGACCCGUCGUUGGACCCCGGCUACGCGCAGCAGCUAAUGGAUGCGUGUCCGCGGAACGUGGAUCCCAGCAUAGCCAUAGACAUGGAUCCUAUAACCCCUCGGACCUUCGACAACGUUUACUACCAGAACCUUAUCGCCGGCAAGGGCCUCUUCACUGCCGACCAGAUUCUGUUCACGGAGUCCGAAUCCCAGCCGACAGUCCGCAGCUUCGCCACCAAUGGGGCGGAGUUUAAUGCUGCGUUUAUCAACGCCAUGACCAAGAUGGGUCGGAUUGGAGUUAAGACUGGUAAUGAUGGUGAAAUUCGAAUCGAUUGCAGUGCCUUUAAUUCCUAAUUUUUGUUGCUCAUCAUGUGAUGAACUCGAAAGAUAAGUUAUGGUCAUGUAACAAGUUGUUUCCUAUUCUGUUCUGUCUUUUUGUAUGAAAAUUUGUUGGUAUAGAAAAUAAACAACAUAUAAUGAUUAAAAAAAA